AUGGUUUCGAUCGAAGACAAGGAGAAAAGGCCAUUUCUGGCCGGUGAGCAGGACGAGCCUCACUACGGAGAUAUUCCCCGAAACAAAAAAGGACUUUCACAGUCCCGGCUUCUCAAGACACAUGGUCUUCUGUUCAUCCUUCAGAUCGCCUUCCUGGCUCUGAACAUUACAUUUCUUAUCAGGAAUUUAAGCUUUGCGAGCGAUUACAAAAAUAGUGAUGUUCACGCUGAUGCACUUGAAAAGGCGUAUACACCCGCACAAUCGGCUCUCCAGUACACAGUCGAAGAAAUUAAUCAUGGACACGGCCCAAGUCAAUUCACUGGAGAGCCUCGCCCGGAAGUUGACAAAGCCUGGUCACAAUUGCUCAGAGGGGGCAUCAUUAAAAUCUCCGAAGACGAGCUAAGGAGAUUGAAUAAAACUUCCAUCCGACUACGAGACGGGAGUGGUUACAUUGGAUAUCUCGAGUCUAUCCAUAUGCUGCAUUGCGUGAAACGAAUAUAUCAAUCUCAAUAUCCAGAGCAAUAUCCCGAGCUCCAAGGCACCGAUGCGUUCACCCCUGGCCACUGGGAUCACUGUCUUGAGGUUCUCCGCCAGGGCAUCCUGUGCAACGCCGACAUAACGGUUAACACGUAUUACUGGAAGAGUCCCAACGAAAUUCAAGGUAAUAGAACAGGGACCCGAAAAUGCACUAAUUGGAAGCGUAUUCAGGAAUGGGCUGAGGAGAGGGCGGUCAAUUUCGAAGGCCCUGAUAAUUUCCUUGAUACUUUGGUGCGAGAGUGA